AUGGGUUCGCAUUCGCACGGCGUGGCUGUGCAGAGCCUCGUGCUCGCUGCACUGGCUGCUCUCAUGCUCUCAGUUCCCUUAAGCCUCCUUCCCAUCUCAUCCUAUCCCCCCUCCGUUCUUCCACUUCCGUCCCCUUCCCCCACCCCUCUCCCCCAUGCGCGCUCAGCCUGUGCGCCUAAGGCGGCCGCCAUUCGCCAUUCACACGGCCUGCUGACAGCUGCUUCAAGCAACGCCGCCGACCACUCGUGCGUGCAGGGGAACUGUGGCGCCAAUGCGGUGUGCAUGAAGGACAGGGGCAGCGACACCUGUGUCUGCAACGUUGGAUUCUCCAUGACCCCCACCGGCUGCGUUGACACGUGUGUGCUCAAGAGGUGUGGGAGUAACACCAAGUGCGUGAAGAGCGCGGCAGGAGUGGCGUCCUGUGUGUGUGCUACUGGCUUCGUGCUGCAGCCUGAUGGCAUCACAUGCACCGUCACCCCUCGUUUGCUCAACCCCCCUCACCCGCCCAGCUCCCUCCCCUCUGUCUCCUCUUCCCCAGACACAUGCGCACUCAAGGCAUGUGGCGUCAACGGCAAGUGCAUCAAGGACAGUGCUGGAGUGGCGUCCUGUGUGUGCAACACUGGCUUUUCUCUGCAGGCUGAUGGCACCACAUGCACCGAUAAAUGCGUCAUCAAGAACUGUGGUGCCGCCAAUGCUACUUGUGUGAAGGACGCUGAAGGCGUUGCAUCCUGUGUUUGCAGAACGGGCUUUCAGAUGGUGAAAGGCCUUUGCAUUGACACUUGCAAGAUUCAGAGCUGCAGUGUGAACGGCCGGUGCAUCAAGGACGAAACUGGAGUGGCAUCCUGUGUGUGUGACACUGGCUUUGUGCUGCAGCCGGAUGGCAGGAUGUGUACCGACACAUGUGCGCUUAAGAAGUGUGGCAUCAACGGCAAGUGCAUCAAGGAAAGUGCUGGAGUGGCCUCUUGCGUGUGCGACGUUGGCUUUGUUCUACAGCUCGACGGUUCCACAUGCACUGAUACGUGCGUCAUCAAGAACUGUGGUGCUAAUGCUGCUUGUGUGAAGGACGCUCAAGGCGUGGCAUCCUGUGUUUGCAACACGGGCUUCCAGAUGGUGCAAGGCACUUGCACUGUUUCCCUUCAGACAUCGUUGCCUACCCCUCCCUCACUUGGCCCCUUUCCCCGCAACCCUCCCCAUACUCCUUGUGUGCACGUCUACACCUGCGAGAUGAAGGACUGUGUGAGGGGCCGGUGCAUCAAGGACGGUCUUGGAGCGGCGUCCUGUGUGUGCAGCAUUGGCUACGUGCUGCAGGCGGAUGGCGGGACGUGCAAAGACACCUGCAAGAUCCAGAACUGUGUGAGAGGCCGGUGCAUCAAGGACGGGUUUGGAGUGGCAUCCUCACUCCUCCCCUCCCCUCUCCCAUCCCUCCACCAUCCCUCCACCCAGACACUUGCGAGAUCAAGGACUAACUAUGGUCUCAAUGGCCGAUGUGUUCCUGCUGGUAAUGGGGCUACCUGUGUGUGUGACCCUGGCUACAUGCUGCAGGCGGAUGACAAGACGUGCAAAGAUCCCUGUGACGCCAUGAAUUGUGCUCCUAACGGCGAAUGUUAUCGUUAUGAUGAUGGCACGGCUACCUGUUAUUGCUUCCUUGGUUACAAGAUACAGGAUGUGACUCCACCCCUCUCCCCUCUGCGCCACCUCUACCCCCACCCAGUGACUUGCUCUAUGACUUGUGUUGCCAAGCCAACCCAUCUUAUCACGUCCCCUCCGCCCCUCUCCCCUCUUGUCUGCCUCUCUGCCCACGCAGAUCCCUGUGACACCCUGAACUGUGAUCGGUGCGAUGGCUUUUCAUGUGCGUUCGAAGGCUAUGAGGGCGUUGUGCCCUCCCCCGCACACUGCGAGAAGUCGCCAGUCACAGGGGAUCCAUUCGGUGCUUGCGAUAACUGGUUGCAUGACUAUGCUGUGGAUUAUUAUGAUUGUGUUGCUUGUAUGUGUCUCCGUUCUCCCUCUCUCCCUCUCCCUCUCCCUCGUUCCCUCUCCCUUCCUCUCUCACUCUCUCUCCCUCUCCCUCCCUCUCUCCCUCCCUCUCUCCCUCCCCCUCCCUCUCUCCCUCUCCAUCUGCCUCUCUCCCUCUCUCCUACAGUGACAGUCCCUAUGCCAAAUUUUGGGUAA